AUGGCCGAAAUCACCAAUAUCCGACCUGGCUUUGAUAUGUCACCGGUGGUGGCAGGCCUCAUCGGGGCCUCGGUGCUGGUGGUGUGCGUCUCGGUGACCGUCUUUGUCUGGACGUGCUGCCACCAGCAGGCAGAGAAGAAGCACAAGAACCCCCCGUACAAGUUCAUUCACAUGCUCAAAGGCAUCAGCAUCUACCCAGAGACCCUCAGCAACAAGAAGAAGAUCAUCAAAGUGCGGAGAGACAAAGAUGGGGGGGAAGGCGGACACGGGAACCUGUUGGUGGGCGCAGCCGAGGCCGGCCUGCUGGGCCGAGACAAGGGCCCCAGGCCACCGAGUUCUGGGUCUUGUAUCGGCCAGUUACCCAUCAAGGCGGACUACGGGGAGGACCUGAGGAGCCCCAUGGCCAGCCUCACCCCCGGGGAGAGCAAGACGAGCUCUCCGUCCUCCCCGGAGGAGGACGUCAUGCUGGGAUCCCUCACCUUCUCGGUGGACUAUAACUUCCCCAAGAAAGCCCUGGUGGUGACAAUCCAGGAGGCCCACGGGCUGCCCGUGAUGGACGACCAGACCCAGGGCUCUGACCCCUACAUCAAAAUGACCAUCCUGCCCGACAAGCGGCACCGGGUGAAGACCAGGGUGCUGCGCAAGACCCUGGACCCCGUGUUCGACGAGACCUUCACCUUCUACGGCAUCCCCUACAGCCAGCUCCAGGACCUGGUGCUGCACUUCCUGGUCCUCAGCUUUGACCGCUUCUCCCGGGACGACGUCAUCGGGGAGGUCAUGGUGCCGCUGGCCGGGGUGGACCCCAGCACGGGCAAGGUGCAGCUGACCAGGGACAUCAUCAAAAGGAACAUCCAGAAGUGCAUUAGCAGAGGGGAGCUCCAGGUAUCUCUGUCCUAUCAGCCUGUGGCACAGAGGAUGACGGUGGUGGUCCUCAAAGCCAGACACUUACCGAAGAUGGAUAUCACCGGUCUCUCAGGUAAUCCUUACGUCAAGGUGAACGUCUACUACGGCAGAAAGCGCAUCGCCAAGAAGAAAACCCACGUGAAGAAGUGCACUUUGAACCCCGUCUUCAACGAGUCCUUCAUCUACGACAUCCCCACCGACCUCCUGCCCGACAUCAGCAUCGAGUUCCUCGUCAUCGACUUUGACCGCACCACCAAGAACGAGGUGGUGGGCAGGCUGAUCCUGGGGGCGCACAGCGUCACAGCCAGCGGGGCCGAGCACUGGCGAGAGGUCUGCGAGAGUCCCCGCAAGCCGGUGGCCAAGUGGCACAGUCUGAGCGAGUACUAG